UACUUUGAUGAACUCAGUGGAAUACCUGCAGAAGAUUUGCCUUAUUAUGGUGGUUCAGUAGAAAUUGCUGACUAUUGCCCAUUCAGUCAGGAAUUCAGUUGGCAUUUAAGUGGUGAAUAUCAACGCAGCUCAGAUUGUAGAAUACUGGAAAAUCAACCAGAAAUGUUUAAAAACUAUGGUGCUGAAAAAUAUGGACCUCAUUCAGUGUGUCUAAUUCAGAAAUCAGCAUUUGUCAUGGAAAAAUGUGAGAGGAAGCUGAGUUAUCCAGACUGGGGGAGUGGAUGUUAUCAGGUUUCUUGUUCACCUCAAGGUCUGAAGGUUUGGGUCCAGGAUACUUCAUAUUUGUGUAGUCGGGCUGGGCAAGUCCUCCCUGUCAGUAUUCAGAUGAAUGGCUGGAUUCACGAUGGAAACCUCCUCUGCCCAUCAUGUUGGGACUUCUGUGAGCUCUGUCCUCCAGAAACAGAUCCUCCAGCUACUAACCUGACCCGAGCUCUACCACUAGAUCUCUGUUCCCGUUCCUCUAGCCUGGUGGUCACCCUUUGGCUUCUGCUAGGCAAUUUAUUUCCUUUGCUGGCUGGAUUCCUUCUGUGUGUGUGGCACUAGGGAUGGAAAAGUGAAUUCUCAAGAUACUCUUUUAUGCCACGUUCCUGUGAACAAAGCACAAAGUGUGGGUGAGUGCCAACCUGUGCAGACGGCAGAAGUGGCAUUCUUGACUUUGGCUUGGAAGUGUUGUCUACAAUCAGACCUUGAAGCAAAGCAGUCACUCCUCAUCAACAACCCAUCCACCUCAAAGCUUAGAGAAGGAGAAGGAAUUUCAAGUCACCAAGAUUAUGUAUUUUUCAGGAUAUAUAAUCUUCCUGAGGUUUUCCUUUGUAACUGGGUAAUUGGUGGGCC